AUGGAUCCCUACGGCGACUACAGCGAUUUGCCCCAGUUCCAUCCUGGAAUGGAGUACCGGGGCCCACCACCUCCCGUUUACUACGUGUACGAUCAUCGUGCAGCAAUGCCAAUGCGAGCCUAUGAGCCAAUCAUCCCUCAUGAGAACGAUAUUCUCAUGGGGCGUGGGGGCAAGAACAACCAGCAUGUUGGAAACGAAAAGUUGCGCAAACUCGCCCGCAAAGAUGCUAAGGAAUACUGCACUUCCAGCAAAAAGGGGAAAUCAAACAUUGCAAGGGGCCUUGUCAUGAAAGUUCGACAGAUGCAACCCUCUGGCCGCUUUCUGAAGCGAAAUCCAAUUACAUCCGAGUGGGAAGAUGUGGGAAACGAGUAUGCUCGUGAGAAAGCCUCUCAAGUCCUUCGUGACGCCGUGGCUCUGCUUCCCGAGUCAGACACUGCUGCCGAUACCGCCACCGUUGCCACUGAAGAUGAUAGGAGUGACAAUGGCACCGCUGCCGAUCCCGACGAUGCCCCCGAUCUUUCGCCAGAGGCAUCACCCAAAUACGACAAGAAACCAGCAGCAAGGCGUCAAAAGCGAAAAGCCGAGUCACCACUAGAAUACGAACGACCAACAAUCUUCCAUCACCCUCCAGCUCCACGGUCCUGGCAUUUCCAGUCCACAGCCGCAACCUUGAGCCCUCCAACUCCUGUGAGACCAGUUCUAACUCCACCUCCUAUGAAGCGUAUGUUCUCUGGCAGCAUCUUUGAACGUUCCGCAUUCUUCACCAGUGGACCAAACAGGGACGAACCCAACCCCGCCGUCAGCAACAACAGCAGCUCCAACAAUAGCAUUGUCCCGCCUCCUCUCAGCCCAUUCCUGAACCGACAGGAAUCUCUGUGCUUAUCUUUGGGGGCUGCUUCUUUGCCGGGAGAAGGGUUCUUGCUUCGGGACAGUGACCAUGCACGUAUUCCCACAGAAUUCACCACUCGUACUCCACCGUCAGAUAGCAACGCCGACGACGAAUUUGUGUCCGAUUUCUACUGA